CUCCCAAAUUCCGUGUUUAGACGUUCGGGAAUUUAACAAUUUACGUACUUAACUAUUCAAUUCAAAAUCAAAAUGUCAACUGCUGGUAUGCUUCAUCUUGGUGGGGCAAGAUCAACUGGUCAACCCGUUCGUACCCAGAAUGUGACUGCAGCAUGUGCUAUUGCCAACAUUGUAAAGAGUUCGCUAGGUCCCAUUGGUCUGGAUAAGAUGCUUGUGGAUAAUAUUGGGGAUGUGACAUGUACAAAUGAUGGCGCCACCAUCUUGAAGCUACUAGAGAUUGAGCACCCUGCCGCCAAAGUUCUUGUCCAGCUUGCAGAAUUGCAGGACACAGAAGUUGGCGAUGGAACCACCUCUGUGGUUUUGAUAGCAGCAGAAUUACUAAAAAACGCUGAUGAGCUUGUCAAGUGCAAAAUCCAUCCCACAUCUAUUAUCAGUGGAUAUAGGCUAGCCUGCAAGUAAGUAUCUUUUAAUAUUGC